AUGAUAUAUUUCAUAUCACUACUCUGUCUAACGUCUAGUCUAAGUGUUGAAUAUUUCCCUUAUGGAAUGAUGUUCAAGUACUUUUUCCCUGAUCAAGAAACAGUGACAAUGGAAUUUUGGAUUCCAAGCCAAUACGAAAAGAUUUUUGACUGGGCUGGUAUAGCAAUUCAAGAUGCUGCAGACUCUCAAGAAACUUUUCGUUGUGAUUAUUACAUCGCAUUCAUGGACGGAGGAGUCUUCACCGACAGAUUUUCUACCGUUAACGGUAGGCCUCCAUUUGAUACCGACUUAGGAGGAACUGACGAUAUUACUUCAGAACGUAGAUAUGAUGGAAAUUAUUUAGUGCAAAGCAUGACAAGAAAGCUGCAAACUGGAGAUGAGUAUGACGUCCAAUUCAGUUACAAAAGACCAUAUCAAAUAAAGUGGGCUCUAGGUCCAAUAAUUGAUGGAAUUAUUGAGCAGCAUAGCUUGAGGUAUAUGGGCUUUGAAUACUUUUUAAUGAUGGAUGAUUAUAAUGAUAAGAAUGACGAUGAUAGAAGAAGAUAUGGCCCUUGGCACGAAAAAGAUCUAACUGGAAUUCCAAAUUUCAACUCAGAAAAGGCCAAAGAAGAAAGAAAAAGCAUUGGUCCAGAACUCAAAGCUUUAAGAGAUCAGGCAACUAAUUUCGAUGGUUUACAAUUUAAUAAGGGAAUCGCAACUGAAUUUUUAGCGAGAGGUAUGUCUGUAGCUUGGGAUCUGAGUGUUCCAGACAAAAUUACUCUUGACAUUUUCAUUCCCCAAUGGACCGCUAAAGACUACCAUUACGUAAUUUUCCAGUUCCAGCCAUCAUAUUUGCCGCAGGAUGAGUAUGUAAGAGACAGCUACUAUGCAGAUCUUCCUAAUGGAGCUUUAGUCGAUGGUUACACGAAAACUGACACUGUUAAACAUACUGACGAUGUGCUGCUAGGAGGAACAAAUGACAUUAUUUCAACAGUUGAAGUCACUGAUACUCUUAUUCACUAUAAAAUCACAAGAAAUAUGAUCACUGGUGAUCCAUGGGAUAUUGAUUUCGUUUAUGGGCAAGCUUAUCAAGUUGAAUGGACUCUGGGCAAAAAGGACCAAAAUGGAAAUUUCUUGCCCGUUCCUUGGGAUGACUACAGCUAUGAAUAUUUCCCUCUAGUCACUUACUAUGAAGACAGAAAUAGAGACGAGAGAGCUCACUUUGGAGAAUUUUACAAAUAUGCACCUCCAGAGGCUUCAAAGAUUGAAAAUAGAAGAGUGGCUGACUAUGAAUGGAGCAAAACUUUAGAUGUCAGGUUUAACGAUAGGUUCAAGAAGGUGAUUGAAGAUAUCUCAGAACAAUAUGAUGCUGGAAUUUAUACAUCUGGUGGCAAUGAUCAAACAAAUAUGGUCUCUUUAAUAUCUUAA